AUGAACUGCUCCGCGCCAGGGCUGUACUCCCUUGUAACAAAUGAAGUGUGGAAGCCAUCUGUGUUUCGGCCGCCGACACUGCAGAAGAGGAGUCGGCCGGUGGCAAAAACCACUUUAACACCGAUGGCGCAACCGUGGUAUCCAAGUAACGCCAAUGGUGGCUGUGACAGCACCAGUUCAGGUCCCCAAAGUUGUCAAAAGGAUGGCCCACGCUUGUUGCCGCCCCCAGCACUCGGACAGUCACCCACAUUUGGGUCGGACAUCGAAAAGGAAUUCCCAACCGUGUUGUGCAGCAGUUCCGUUGUGGCACCCACAGCGACUUGCGCCACACGCCGUGCAAGCGCCUUUACGAAGGCUGCAAUGGAGGCACGAACAUACCCACUGGACAUGUUCAUGUCAGUUAGUAAGGACGCUGCCCAUACACCCUACGGUGUGCUUUGUUGGGCUGUUAAGCAAUACGUAACUUGUUCAUACCUGAAGGUGCCAACACAUCUGCAAUUGUCCCUGCGUGACUUUGGAGGCAGGCCGGCGGAAGUCGACGCGCGAGGGCUCAUGGGAACCUGUCUUAAAGUAAAAUCUCGCGCAAAACCGGUCCGCCUUACACACCACAAGGUUUUGUCGAUCCUAAGCCGCCUUACAGAAGCGAAGUAUGACACGUUGUUAAGCGAGUUGAAACUACUGCCUUUGCGUCAGGUGGAAGAUGAUGAGUUGAGUGAGAUUUGUAAAAUUGUAUUUGAGAAGGCGGUAAGCGAACCCUCAUACACUAGUCUCUACGCCCGUCUCGCUCAAGACGUUUGCAAAGAGAAGAAAGAGGAACGCGACAGCUCGGUAUGGAAUGAGGGCUUCCAACGCCGCUUCCGUCGGACGCUUGUGAAGCUCUGCGAGGUUCAGUUUCAUCAACCACUGCAGCUUUCUGGGGACGAUGUGGUGGAUCGUACAACAGGUACUCCACUCGAUGAAGAGGAAGUUGAGAUGAAACGAUCCCGCCUGAAGCAUCGGCUUGUGGGAAACAUUCGCUUUGUUGCAGAACUCUUCAAGGUGGGUGUCCUGUCCGGGCGUGUCGUAACGGAGAUCGUCCAAAUUUUAGUCAGUGACUACAAUCCUGACGCGCCGACAGCCAAGGAGGAGCAUGUUUUUGAACUUUUUACCACUCUCCUUCGACUGACUGCUGCACAACUGAAGGAUUGUGAGGUGAAUUUGCUUAUCCGCUCGUUGGGGAUUGCGAAGACCAUCGAGCUCUCGCAUCCGAAGCCGCGCGUACGGUUUCUUAUGAUGGACCUGGGGGACCUAAACCGUAAAAAUGGAUGGGUGGAGCAGGAGCAGAUUCAGUCGCACGUGAAGGAGCCAAAACAGCUGAAGAAAGUGCCAGGCCCCGCCCCCGCAGCACCAGCAUCACCGACAACAUCAACACCCACUGCGAAAAGAGCUGAGAAGUUGGGUUCGCGGCUUCGUGAUAUGAGUUCGAGAUGUUGUGCUGAUGCUGAAGUUUCACUCCGAAAGGAGAAUGGAAACGGUACACAAACCCCCGGUAGCACAAGUUACGGUAACAAAGUGGCUGACGGCUGUGCGGACGGCGGUAAUAACAAGAACAAUAAUGGCGGCGUCAGCAACGCCGUGAAAACCAACAGCAAUGGUAAGCAUACGAGCCGAACCGGCAUCGAGAACCGUAGCGGAAGCGACGAGACCGCGAAAGUGAAACCGUCCAAUGGCGCGGCAGUCCCGUCAUCAGCAAAGCAAUCGACGAACGCGUCUCGCCGAGUGUCCCACAACCCGUACUGUAAACUUUCUCCCGCCAACAUACUUGACCUCAAGAACGGGGAUGCCAAGGCAGCGAGCGGCAAUUCUAACAUCCCAUAUACUGAGAGUCCUUUAUCACCCGCGGCCAGUAGCACGGACCUUUCUCUGUCAAGUUCCUCCUCCGGGCACUUCCACAAUAAUCAAGGUAAUGGCGGGACUGCGAUGCACAGCGGUUUGUGUUCACCCUUCUUGGAGCGUGACAAGAUGGUGAACGAACGGAAGAUGAAUAUUGAGAAAAUUACGAUGCAGCUGAUGGCUCUCUUUCGAACUGGUGAUGAAGAAACAACAGCAACUAUACUGCACACCAUGGGCUUAAAGAAUAUGGUGAUGUGUCUUACCUGGUGGUUGAGGCUUGCGACAACAGCAAGUGGCAAUAGCGACAAUGCACAAUGUUAUGGAGACUACUCAAAAGUGGCCGCACUGCUCUCCGCUUUGCUGAGCAUACGCAACGACGCCUACGCUACGAGCACCGUCUUUUCUACCGUGUUGGAGUGGCUUCGCUUUGAUAUGGAAAAACACGAGUAUGAAUCGUUCCCAGGGAUGUUUGAAAAGAUCGCGCAAAUGAUCCGGCAGUGUCACCUCCCAAUCACUGACAGCCUACCAAAUGUAGAAGUGGUGCGGGAGAUAAUGCACGGUGGUAUGUUCAACGUUCUUCUUCGCGAAUUAAUCAUCAAUGGCGGAAUCACAGCACCCGUUAGUGACCUCGUGAAGAGCUGCCACCCGGCGAGUGCUGAGAUAAUCUGCCACCUGCACGAUCCCGCGGACGAUUCCCAAAUGUUGUUUGUGGCUGCACAGAAUCGCUUUCAUUUUCUUUCAUACCUUCUGUGCGUUUCCUCCAUGACGAGGAUUGACGCACAGAGUGGUUUCCAUCUACGUACACCGUUGUUGCCGCCACGGUGCAACAACUCACAAGCCGAGUGGACUCCACUAGUUGAGUGCCUCGCUCUUCCCAGCGUUGCCAGUGAUCCCGAGUCGCUUUUGUUUGUUAAGAUGUGGGAUCAUGCUACAAAUGGGGAUGCUGCAUCACUGUGGCGUGAUGAGGCGAUCCGUCUGGCACUCGAGACCCCGGCCGGUCAGAAUUCCACUACGAGUUCCCUCAUUUCUGUCAUGCGAGUGGUGGGUGUUUUGCUUAUGGGUCUUGUCACGAAGUGCAUGACGGUUGGCGCAUGCGGGACUAAUAAUGGAAGCAGUGGAGGAAACGCGAGUGGAGCCCAUGCGUUGGCGGAGACGGCAGAUGUUCAUUACGUGGUGAGCGGAAUCCUCAAACAACAUCCCGCGCCAUUAUAUCAGGCUGCCACUGUUGUGGAACUCGUAAUGCACCACACGCGGGCCCUCAGUGGCACAUCAGAGUGCCCAACCUUCGAUAAUGCGCGGCUGAAGGCGCUGAAAAACGAAUUUGACGACUGGUGUGAAGCGGGAUUGGUGGAUCGGCCCGCCGUUCUCGAGUUGCUGCGGGUGGUGGACGCGACAAAAGACAAUUUUAACCUUUACCCGGCGUAUCACAACUGCGUAGCGGAUGUUCCAUGGCAUGUUGCGAUUCGGUCCCUUGGGGGAAAUUAA